GCUCCCAUGAGGUUAAAUCAGAACGUCUUGCUGAUGGGGAAGAAGGUGGUGCUGGUGCCCUACACCUCACAGCAUGUGCCUAGGUAACGUUCCACCUGACACGGGACGCAAGCUAGCUCCAGAAGGUGCGGCGAGGGGCGUCAGCCUUCCUUAGCCCAGAUCUCAAGAGCCAUUUCCUCUGAGAAGGAGAAACAUCGGCGUCAGAAGUACCACGAGUGGAUGAAAUCAGAGGAGCUACAGCGAUUGACAGCUUCCGAGCCGCUGACCCUGGAGCAGGAGUUUGCGAUGCAGCGCAGCUGGCGGGAAGAUGCGGACAAGUGUACCUUCAUUGUGCUGGAUGCAGAGAAGUGGCAGGCCCAGCCAGGCACCGCCGAAGAGAGCUGCAUGGCGGGAGACGUGAACCUCUUCCUCACUGAUCUAGGGGACCCCUCCUUGGGGGAGAUUGAGGUCAUGAUUGCAGAGCCCGACUGCCGGGGCAAGGGCUUUGGCACUGAGGCCGUUCUCAUGAUGAUGUCUUAUGGAGUGACCAAGCUAGGUCUGACCAAGAUUGAGGCUAAAAUCGGGCAAGGAAAUGAACCGAGUAUCCGGAUGUUCCAAAAACUUCACUUUGAGCAGGUGGCUGUGAGCAGCGUCUUCCAGGAGGUGACACUCAGAUUGACAAUGAGUGAGCCAGAGCGGCAGUGGCUUCUGGAGCAGACCAGCCACGUGGAAGAGAAGCCCUAUAGAGAUGGGUAGUGACAGAGCCCUGCCAUAGGAAAUGAAUGGAUGGGGCCUUCGGGGCAGUGCUCCUGGUCCCGCUCCAGGCUGGGAAUGUCCUUUCGGGGCCUUUCAGACUCUGGGCUGGACUUGCAUUGGCCCCCCCGUCAGACUGGCAGUACGACUGAGUGACUCCAGGGCGCCCCUCCUCCCGGCUAGACCUGGACUGAGACUCUGGGAACCCGGAGUGGACAGCACAAAUCAACGGGAGGAGGCAGAGUGGAGCUGGAGCUGGAGACGGAGGGCGCCUGGUGAAUAGGCAGGCCCUCCCUUUCCCCUGGAAGGCCAGAGGUGCCGCCCUGGGGCCGAGGCCCUGGCCGGGAGUAAAGCACUCUGCAUGGUCAGCUUUCCCCGUUUCCUCAUUGGGCCUGUGUGGAGGUGAGCCACCAGGAGGCCCAGCGUGGGAGGGACAGGACGGGGGUAGUAGCUCAGUGCUCUAUCCUGUGGAAGCCGGCCAGGUGUGACCCUGGGAGGUUUGGAAAUGAAUGAGCUUGGCCUUGUUAGAACAGAGAGAUGGCUUGGAGAGUGGGUAUCUCUGCUCCUCCUUUCUCUUUGGAGCCAGUUUUGAACGUCGAAUUAGUUAGUUUUGGAUACAGCUCCUUGUGUCCUGAGCACCCCUCUGCUGAAAGCUUCAGGCCUCCUGAAGGCACCUGUCCCUGCUCUCCACUCCUCACCCGUACACCUCUGGGAGCAGCUGCCCGGGACAAGGCCACAAGGGGGCGCCAGAGGCACAGGUUCAGGAUGGCCAGGCCGCCUCAAGAGGGUUGCUUAACAGGCAGAGCUGGGCCUGUCUCCCCAUCUCAGGAAGGGGGACACCCUUUGACUUCUCACCAUCCUCAAACCCUGUCAUAAUCUGGGCUGGCUGUCAAGAAAGGCCAGGCAUGUUUCAAAACACAAUCAUGGUAGAGACUUGAGGGCACCUAGGACAUUUUUGGCGAGGAAACCAUCCCAGGCAAGUCGAGGUGGCUCCCAAGGCCUCGCGAUGGCAGAACCAGAACUAUUGCUGAGGCCCCCCAGUUCUCAGGCCCCUUGAUUCUGGCAUCUGACACCAGAUGACACAUGUAAAAAGAAUCUAAAACAUGCCCGAAUCUGAGACACAAA